AUGGCAGAUAAUGCCCCUAUUGAUGUCAUUCAGUCACAUCAAGACGACCGGGACUCGGUAACGAGCUCUAGACAUGCGGCCGAGAACCCGCAAUCCUCGUUUACCGCACAACCUGACCCCGACGAGAAGUACAAGCAUGACGUACCCCCCGAUGGUGGUUAUGGCUGGGUUUGUGUCGCGUGUGUAUUCUGGAUCAACGCCCAUACCUGGGGAAUCAAUAGCAGCUACGGCGUUUUCCUGAGCUACUAUCUCUCUCAUAAUGUUUUCCCCAACACAUCAUCUCUCGACUACGCCUUCACAGGCGGUCUCAGCAUUUCCUGCGCGCUCCUCGUCGCCCCAGUAGCAACAUUCCUCAUCCAAUUAUAUGGCACCCGCCUCGUUCUAAACACAGGCGUCUUCUUCGAAACCCUCUCCUUAAUCGGCUCCUCCUUCGCCACACAGAAAUGGCACAUCUUCCUCAGUCAAGGCGUCUGCUUCGGCUGGGGAAUGGGAUUCCUUUUCGUCGGCAGCGUCGGCAUCGCACCACAAUGGUUCCAGAAACGCCGCAGUGUCGCAAUGGGCAUCACAGCCGCAGGCUCAGGUCUCGGCGGUUUAAUCUAUUCGCUAGCAGUUGGAGCGAUUAUCCCACGCUAUGGACUCGGCUGGGCGUUCCGGAUUCUCGGAAUCGUAUCUUGUGUCGUGAAUCUUGUUUGCGGGAAUUUGCUUCGUGAUCGCAACAAGCUUGUCGGGAGUCGGUUCACGGCUUUCCAUUUCCCGUUGCUGCGUCGGCCUGAAUUCUUACUUUUCUUGGGAUGGGGCUUCUUCAGUAUGCUAGGUUAUGUGGCACUGCUGUUCAGUGUGGCCAACUUUGCGCUCUCGGUUGGAUUAACUUCGCAUCAGGGGAGUGUUGUUUCGGCACUCUUGAAUCUGGGACAGGGUCUUGGUCGUCCUUGUGUUGGGAUGUUCAGUGAUAGUCUGGGCCGUAUCAAUAUUGCUACAUUCCUGACGUUCAUUUGUGGCCUCUUCUGUCUUGUUAUUUGGGUCUUUGCUGAUAGCAUGGGUGUGGUUUGUUUCUUUGCUGUGCUUGUGGGCACUGUCUCGGGGACAUACUGGGCAACUGUCUCACCGGUGCUGGCGGAGAUUAUUGGGCUGAGAGAUUUGCCGUCUGGUUUGAGUAUUACUUGGCUGUGGCUUGUUGCGCCUUGCACGGUAUCAGAGGUCAUUGCAUUGGAGCUUCGUCGCCCUACUGCUGAUGGAGGGACUUCGUAUCUGCAUGUACAAAUUUUCACAGGAUUUAUGUACAUAGCCGCUUCGCUUUGUCUAUGGCUUGUUCGUGGUUGGAAGGUCGGGGAGCUUGAGCGUGCUGAACAGAGACGGGAGUCCGUUGCGCAGCAGGGGCCUUUGACUAAAAAUCCUGAUGGAAGCAAGCAAAGUCGCCCUGCGACUAUCUCGUCUGUCUCUGAAGCUGGGGCUUUGGAGACACAAUUAUGGGCUCCAACGAGCAUGGCACGAAGAAUGGUCACACUAAAAAGGGUAUAA